AUGCCUGUCCCCGCCGCCGGCUCGCCGGUCCGUCCAAUCCCAGGGUCAGGGCCGCGCGCCCUGCCGCCCGUGAUCCGCGGCGCCGGCACGGCUCUGCUGGCCCUGGCGCCCCUGGCCCUGGCGCUCCUGGCCCUGGCGCCCCUGGCCCUGGCGCCGCUGGCCCUGGCGCCGCCGGCGGCGGCUCAGCCGGAUGGCACGGUCUACGAGACCGAGCAGGCGCGCCUGCGCCUGGCGGUGCUGGCCGAGGGGCUGGCCAGUCCCUGGGGGCUGGCCUUCCUGCCCGACGGCGGUCUGCUGAUCACCGAGAAGCCGGGGCGCCUGCGCGUCUUCCGCGCGGGGCGCCUGUCGGCGCCGGUCGCCGGACUUCCCGAGGCCGCCGCGGUGGGCCAGGGCGGCCUGCUCGACGUGGCGGUCGAUCCCGACUACGCGCAGAGCGGCUGGGUUUACCUCUCGCUCGCCGCGCGCGGCGACGGCGGCCUGGGCACGCAGAUCUGGCGCGGGCGUCUGCGCGACGGCCGCUGGGUCGACGGCGAGCUGCUGUUCGACAUGGCGCGCAAGACCAACGCCGGCCGCCACUUCGGCUCGCGGCUGGCCUUCGACCCCCAGGGGCGGCUCUACUUCUCCAUCGGCGACCGGGGCGACAAGCCGCGGGCUCAGGACCCGGCGGACUCGGCGGGGCGCAUCCACCGCAUCGCGCGCGACGGCACGGUGCCGCCGGACAACCCCUUCGUCGGGCAGGCCGGCGCCAGCGAGACCGCCUUCACCCUGGGCAACCGCAACGUCCAGGGCAUGGCGACCCACCCGCAGACCGGGCGCAUCUGGAUGCACGAGCACGGCCCGCGCGGCGGCGACGAGGUCAACCUGGUGCGCGCCGGGGCGAACUACGGCUGGCCCGAGGUGACCCACGGCGUGGCCUACUCCGGCGCCACCAUCAGCGCGCGCAGCUCGGCGCCGGGCCUGGUCGACCCGCUGCACGUCUGGGUCCCCUCGAUCGCGCCCUCCGGCAUGACCUUCUACAGCGGCGACAAGUUCCCCGCCUGGCAGGGCGACCUCUUCAUCGGGGCGCUCAAGUCGCGGCUGCUGGUCCGCCUGGAGCUGGACGGCGAGGCGGUGAUUGCCGAGGAGCGCCUGCUGGUCGAGGAGAUCGGCCGCAUCCGCGCGGUGGAGACGGGGCCGGACGGCCACCUCUACCUGCUGACCGAUUCCACCGACGGCCUGCUGGUCCGGCUGGAGCCGGCCGGCUGA